GCGAGAGAGAGAGAGAGGGGAAGAGAGCGAGGGAGAGGGAGGGGGAGGUAACAGGGAGACGGUAACCUGCAGAAGGACUCACAUGGUCCUGCAGCAGCACAGCUCACACCGCUGGGACUCUCCAGACCUGUUACGCUGCUGCCUCGGCUCCACUCUGCCUGUUUUUCCCCCAAAGCGCCCGUCGGCCGUUUGGCGCGUUUGCUCUUCGCCCCGCAGCCCAGCGUCGCUCGGACCCGGACCGACCGUGGAAAGCAGCGCCAUGGCUCGGGAGAACGGAGACGCCGGCAGGGGAGAGACGUGGAAAAAACAGGUCGACGACAUCAAGAAGAUUUUCGAUUUCAAAGAAGUCCUCGGCACGGGAGCGUUUUCAGAGGUGGUGCUGGCCCAGGAGAAGCUGACAGGACGGAUGUUUGCGGUGAAGUGCAUCCCCAAAAAGGCUCUAAAGGGGAAGGAGAGUAGCAUUGAGAACGAGAUCGCUGUGCUGAGAAAAAUCAAGCACGAGAACAUCGUGGCACUGGAGGACAUCUACGAGAGCCCCGACCACCUCUACCUGAUCAUGCAGCUGGUGUCCGGUGGCGAGCUGUUUGACCGCAUCGUGGAAAAGGGAUUCUACACGGAGAAGGACGCGAGCACCUUGAUCCGGCAAGUCCUGGACGCCGUGAACUACCUGCACAGAAUGGGCAUCGUGCACCGAGACCUGAAGCCAGAGAACCUGUUGUAUUUUAAUCCUCAAGAUGAGUCAAAGAUCAUGAUCAGUGACUUUGGCCUCUCCAAGAUGGAGGGCAGUGGUGAUGUCAUGUCCACCGCCUGCGGCACACCAGGAUAUGUGGCUCCAGAGGUUCUCGCUCAGAAGCCGUACAGCAAAGCAGUGGACUGCUGGUCCAUCGGCGUGAUCGCCUACAUCCUGCUGUGCGGCUACCCGCCGUUCUACGACGAGAACGACUCCAAGCUCUUCGAGCAGAUCCUGAAGGCCGACUACGAGUUCGAUGCGCCGUACUGGGAUGACAUAUCGGACUCUGCCAAGGAUUUCAUCGGCAGCCUGAUGGAAAAGGACCCCGUGAAACGCUUCACCUGCGAGCAGGCACUCAGACACCCCUGGAUCGCAGGGGAUACGGCGCUUUGCAAGAACAUCCAUGAGUCAGUCAGCAGGCAGAUAAAAAAGAACUUUGCCAAGAGCAAAUGGAGGCAAGCGUUCAAUGCCACCGCCGUGGUCCGGCACAUGAGGCGGCUGCAGCUGGGCAGCAGCAUGGGAAGCAGCGUCAACGCCUCCAACCCGCCAGCCGGGCCCGGCCAGACGCAGAUGCAGACGCCGACGCCGACCCAAGGCCAGAGCCAAAACGCGGGCCCGCCGCCGAGCCAGAGCAACGCGGCGGCCGGCAAAACCUCUUCCACAGACAACAACGUAGCAGCUCCACGCAAGGAAUGUGUAAACGCACCGGUGACGCCCUGCAGCCUGGCGUCCGCGGCCUCCUCCCCAGCCGCCGGCGCAGAGCUGAGUCGGCCGCAUCCCCCGGCGGUCCCAGCCCCGGUGCUCGCCGAGACCAAGUGACGCCAGGUCCCGCGGGGGACCAGCUGGGAGGCCACGGCGCUCUGAAGAGAGAGCGGAGGGCGACGGGGGAGGAAGAAGACCCUCCGUCCCUCCUCCGUCCCUCCUCCUUGGUGCCGCCCAGCCAGUCCCCCGCCCUGCUCCCGGGGGAGCAGAGGACUUUGCCUCCGCCCCACUGCACCACGCCGCUGCGUAGCACCCCCUCCCAUACGGCCGGCUGAUUCAUCGCCGCGGCAACGGGCCGGGGGCGCCUGCUCGGAGCUCAACCUGCCAUGGUUCACAGUGGGCCGAUGGCAACAACGUUAUUGUGUCCAUCAACAUCCACUUCCCUCUUUAAUCUGGUCUUUCCUGCGUCACUUUUUUGCAAUUUUGUUUUAUUUGAAACUUUAAAGGUGGUAUGUGUAACCUUGGAAAGCAUAUCAAUGUCAGACUGAUACUGCUAUUUCGGUACAACUAUUGUAAAUGAACGCACAGUAAAGAUGCUCAGUCGCCUUUUACUGCAUUCUCUUAGUAGUAUAACGGUCACUUGGGUCUUAAAACAGUCGAGCUUUCCCUCCCAGUCCGCUCUGACUGGUGUGUAAAAUGCAGCAAACUGGCUACUGACUCCAAUCACUUGUGCUCAAACCAAAAGAACCGGUUCGCCCCUGCGAAAACACUACACAUGGCACCUUUAAGUUUCCUGUGUCUGCGCGGGCUCUUUUGUCCGCUCAUGCUUUAAGAAGUGCUUUAAAAGUACCACACGACUGUUGAGAUGUAAACACAUGAGCAAGCGCUUUAUCUUUUUUGCACAGAGAGUCUGUUAAGUUUUAAAACACUUACCACCACUUGUGUUUAUCAGAAAGCGAUAAACACAAAAUAUAUAUAUAUAUAUAUAUAUAUAUAUAUAUAUAUAUAUAUAACACAGUGGAUGUCAGUGUUGUUGUACAGCUUGUUUACUGUUGGAAAGGUUUUGAUUUGUUUCUAAUUUUUGUUAUUUCAUAUAACUUUUAUAACAAUGACCCUUUAAGGGACGCACGUACAGGUUAUUUUAUGAAACAUGCAAAUCUAGGACAUCUUAGUGAUGCGUGUUCACCGGAAAGCUGCCUCCGGGUCAGAAUAUUAGCGACUGACGGUAACUUGCCAUUUAACUUCCAAACCAAGGCGGAGCGAACACAGUGUCAGGACAUAGGGCGCAAUGGAGAUGCUGCUUCCUGCCCGUUGUUCCUCCCGCCUCCUCUAAUGAAGCCAUGAUCGUCCAGCUGCUCCCAGUUCAGAGGUGCUCAGGGAAAACUGCAGCCGUACCGUCUUCUAGACCUUGAUUUCAUGGUAUUUUUUUUUCUGUCGCUGUGGUUAAGACGUUAGCAUCCAUAUGCAUUACACCACCAAACACUGAGUUUUGGACAUGUCACACAAUAUGUUUUAUUUCUUAGUGCUGCUUGGAUGUUUUCACACGAUCCCUUAAUUAAAAGAACCAAUUAAGUAGAAAAUAGGUCUUGUGUGGGAAGUCAUUAACAGCUUGAGGCUUUUUUUUAAACUGCAUAACUAAAGUUCACGUCCUUUCUCCUUGAUGAGAUAAUGGCCUUUUGGACCUACAGUAGAGGUAGAUGUUCACUGCGUUUGCUGCUCACUCACACAUAUCAGACUCUCAUGGCUUUAUUAGAUGCAAUGCUACAGAUCCCUUUAUUGUGGAGUGGAGCCAAAAAAGAUUUACAGUAUAGGGACAAUUUGGAUCAGAAGCAUAAAACUUAUUAGGAUACAAACAGAGUAAAUCUAAGGGCUGAACUCUAACUGCAAAUUAAUCUGGAAAAAAAGUUAUUCACCUCUUUUAUUAUCUACUGUGCGUACUGUGAGUGGUGCUUUAAAAAAAUGCAAAUUAUUCAGUGGUUUGUUUAAUUUAAAAUAGGCCACAGUCAAACUCUAAGUAAACAAACAGCUCCUGGCUCAUUGCGUCAUUCUGUGUGUUAAGCUGCACAUAUUUGCCUGUUUUGAUUUAAGCAUCUCUAUGCGACAACGAACGUCGGCGAACAUGGCUGAGAACGUUGCGCUGACUUUAUGCGCAAUGUCCCAGCAGCUGCUCCAGCCGCGGUGGCUUUAGAUGGAGUCGAAAGAGGAAGGGUGUGUAAGCGAAAGGCGGUUAGUGGAGGUUUGUGUUUGUUUGUUUUUUUAUGCGUAUGUGUCAAUGCGGUCACACGGCUUAAUGUUCCUACUUAAUUACAAUAGCUGUGUGCGUCACACUGCACGACUUUACAGUUGAGCUCUCAGAAGUCUAUAAUUAUUGUGUUGAUCUGUACCAAACACUCUCUAGUCAGUCCUCGUCGUAAUCUGUGUGUUACUAAGGGAAAUGUUCACGCAUUCAAGGGCUUUAUUCCAUGAAUCACCUUAAUCCGGUCGUUUGCUGUAACCACGUACACGUGCUCAUUUAAUGCUAUGCAUUUUUGAACUGUUUCAAAGUGUGUUGUCAGCGGAAUCAGGAGACUCGAGGGAAACAGCGGGUGCUGUGUACUGUAGUUGCAUGAAAAUAAAGGUUGUGCUUUUGGGGAAUAGAAUAUUCUAAGUACGAAACACUGAACCCCAGAUUAAUGAUGAGUCUGUAAUGAAUAUGAAUAUUAGACGAGCUAUGUUGCGAGAGAGGCUUCGUUGCGCUGUGAUCGUCCUCGGGUGUGUUUCUUGUUUGCGACAUGUUUGAGUGGACCUUCUCUCCCCAUCAAGAUGCUACUGCGCUGUAAAUAGAUUGUGAAUAUGAACGAGCAUUAAUGAGAUAAUACUUCUGAAUGUUUUGCUGUGCAUGCAAAGUGUUAGUCGACAGGGGUGUGUGUGUGCGUGUGCGCGUUAGGGGCGAAGAGCAUUGAGGGAAGUUGAUUGUAUUUUUUUAUGGAAUGUUUCAUGUGUUUUUUCUGAAACAGCUGAUUCCCCCCUCCCCACCCUUAACCUCCAUCCGUGUUGCAUCGCCCUCCUCAGUGUCAGUCCGACUUUGAGAGAAAACUGUCUCAUACUAAACUCAGGCUUACGUUUUUUUUGCCAUUUGUACAGGAAGAAAUCCAAAGCUGUGACCGACGCUCAGAAACACACUGUUACGGGACACGAGGCAGCAAUGAGCUGUUCUCAUCUGACCCCCCCCCACCCUCCCACACUUUGAGCUCACACUCCACAGAACUUUUUCUAAGAAGGAGAAAAAAAAUAUAUGAAAACACAAGCAUGUUUUAACAAAAAAAAGAAGUGCUUCAAGAAAUCAAUUUUACCAUGAGUGUUUGCAUUCUCUUAUAUGCACUUGUAUGAUGUUCGUAUCUCUGUAUUAUGUAAAGACAUGCACAGGCUGAGAUGCCGGAGUCCAGGGCAGGGCACAGAUUUAUACCCCACUUCUCUUUUUAUCCAUCAGUAGACGCCCUUUAAAUUCAACUGGACUGAAGCGAGACACAGUGUUUCCCUGUGGGUGUCAGCUGACUCAGCCGGCUCUGUUUACUCUUUGCAUGUGACCACCACUAACUCUCAUCCUGUGCACCUGUCGUCAUGUUGGCGACACCCCGGGUGUCUGAGCGGGCGCCGCCUGCUGCACUCCCCUGUGCCGUGCUGCGAUGAGGACGAGGAGGACUUUUUUCUGUUAUGGGGCUUGUAUAUCGGAUGCCUUCGACAAUCAUGUGCACAUAUCAAAGUUACCAUGACAACACAGGCCGGAAGCGACUUGAUUGUGUUUCAUUUGUCUUUUUCUCCUGGAAUAAAUUCUGAAAGACUGUCA